AUGAUACCCUUGUAUAUUGAGCAAGUGGAGUGCUACAUCCCUGGCGGAGGGAAGUGGGAUAAUGAUUUGUCGAAGAAGGGACUGUCAGGCUACAACAGCAAGUUUCUUUCCUUUCAGAAGCGAGAGCACAAGACGGAAGAAGUGUUGAAGAUCAAUCCCCGUGGUCAGGUGCCUACCUUUAAGCAUGGAGAUGCCGUCGUGAACGAGUCACUUGGGGUCUGUCUGUACCUGGAGGUAAGUAAAGAUGUCAGAUGUGUGAAAUGUUGUGAAAAUACAAACUGUCUGACCAUUUCUCCCGUACGUCUGCAGCAUGGCGACUCCUACAUAGCUGGGAAAGACUUCACCCUGGCUGAUACCUCGCUGUUCCCGAUGCUUGCCUUCGUCGUGCGCAACCAGCUACCUCUGAAGGAACGCUUUCCUUGUCUGGCCAGUUACUAUGAACGGCUGAAGGAACGUCCCUCGGUGAAGACGUCCUGGCCACCUCACUGGCAGACCACACCUGCUCCAGACCUGAUGAAAGACGCGUGAUGACUCACAACCAGGGCGUCUGGCGGCUGUGUUAUCGUCACAGCAGCUGG